AUGUAUUCCAAAACCAAUGGGCGUCACAGGGAGAUCGACAGUUUGACGGACAAUAUCGGACAGCUGAGCUUUGACGCUGCUGUGAGCUCUCCCAGAUUCGAUUUCGAGCCAGUAACCCCCUCGAAAUAUAGAGGUGACUUUGGCACACCUUCGCCAACAAAAUCUGUCAAUGGCGGAGACACAUCCAGGGUGUCGAUGAUGGAUGUGGAUGAGAGUAUGCCCAGUGCUGAAGUCGAUUACACCCAAUCACCCAAGAAGUUGCCCACGGAUUUUCAUCGCAAAGCUUCUUCGAAUAAUACGAAACGACUGGUCAAUGUGUGCCAAAUGUACUUUCUGGAUUACUACUGUGACAUGUUUGACUACGUUAUAAGUAGGCGAGAACGUACGCGUCAAGUCAUGAAUUAUUUGGAGCAGCAACGUGUUCAAGGUAUUUCCAGUCCAGAAAUUGCCAAAGAAUGGCAGUCUUAUAUGAACAGGGAGGCUGGCAUUCUAAGAAAUCGCCGGUUAAAGCCAAAGAACAAGGACUUCGAAAUGAUCACUCAGGUUGGUCAAGGUGGCUAUGGCCAAGUUUAUCUGGCUAGAAAGCGCGAUACCCGAGAAAUUUGCGCCCUUAAGAUCUUAAACAAGAAGUUGCUUGUUAAACUUAAUGAAACAAACCACGUUUUGACUGAAAGAGACAUUCUUACCACGACGAGGUCUGAAUGGCUUGUCAAGCUCUUAUAUGCUUUUCAGGACCCUGCUAGUCUUUAUCUGGCAAUGGAAUUUGUUCCAGGUGGGGAUUACAGGACCCUGCUCAUAAAUACAAGGUUUCUGCAGGCCCCGCACGCACGCUUUUACAUCAGUGAAAUGUUUUGUGCCGUAGAUGCCCUGCACCAACUCGGAUACACACACAGAGAUUUGAAACCCGAGAACUUCUUGAUUGACUCUAGGGGCCACAUCAAGUUAACGGACUUUGGCUUGGCCGCUGGUACAGUGUCCAUGGAAAGAAUUGAAAGCAUGAAGAUUAGGCUCGAGGAAGUGAAGAGUCUCGAUUUUCCAAAGUUCGAGGAGACAUCCAUGAAUGAUCGAAGACAAAUGUACAAGAAACUGAGGGAUGAGGAUGUCAACUAUGCCUCAUCUACGGUAGGAUCCCCCGAUUACAUGGCACUGGAAGUACUUGAAGCCAAAAAUUAUGAUUUUACUGUCGAUUAUUGGUCACUUGGAUGCAUUUUAUUCGAGAGUUUAGUCGGAUAUACACCAUUCAGUGGAUCGUCUACAAAUCAAACUUAUGAAAACUUAAGAUGCUGGAAGCAGGUAUUGAAGAGGCCACGCUGCGACAAUGGGCGUUAUGCUUUCUCUGAUAGAACCUGGGACUUAAUAACGAGACUAAUUGCUGAUCCAAUUGGCAGAUUGCGCUCCUUCGAGCAUGUCAAGAAGAUGAAAUACUUUGCCGAGAUCAGCUUCGAGAACUUAAGAACUAUAAGUCCUCCAUUUAUACCGCAACUGGAUAAUGAGACAGAUGCUGGCUACUUUGACGAUUUCAGUAGCGAAGCCGAUAUGGCCAAAUACGCAGAUGUUUUUAAGCGCCAAGACAAACUUACUGCCAUGAUGGACGACUCUGCUGCAGCGUCAAAACUGGUGGGAUUCACUUAUAGGCACAAGAAGGGUAAGAAUGGAUCCAGUGGUGUACUUUAUGGAGGAUCAGGUCAUGCGGAUCCAUUUGCGACCUUUUAUUAA